AUGUAUCAAAAUGAAACUUCAAAUGAAGCAGCUAACAUAAUAAAACCAUUUGUUGAUUCAGUUAUUGAAACAGCUCUGAAUGAAGUACAAAAACUUAAUGUUAACAGGAUAAAAACUGAUAUUAUUAAUGAUAAAAGCUUCAGAAGUGAUCCACUUUAUUGUGAUAUAAUGCGUAUUCAAGCUGAUGACACUGAAAGCAUUUAUGAAACAUCUUCCUUAGAUGAAAUUCCUGGUAGCUGGGAAAGAUUACAUCAUCAAAAUGAGACUACAGAAGAAAUUACAGCCAAAAUUAUUCUCUCAGAUAAUCCUCAUCCAUCUCCUAAUAUACAAUGGCCUACUAUUGCAGAGUUUACACCUGAAUUAGGACGAAAAAAAAUUGAAGAAUAUAUCAAAGGUUGGGAAAGAAAUGAAAACUGGCUUUAUUGUAUUGAUAUUUUGCCCAAAGUGGAAUUGAAAAAUGAAGUACAGCAUAAAUAUCGAGUAAAAUGGAGUAUACCAUGUAGACGAGCGCCUAUACCAAAAGCUACAGCAUCUGUUUACUUCACUUUGAUAAUAUCUCGAAUAAAACCAAAGAAUACUGUGAUAAACGUCUACUAUCAAAUUGAAGCAUUUCGUUCAAAACACAUACCAGGAAAAACUCGAUUUUCUGAACGGUGGAUUAGAGAUGUCAUCAACAGUAAGAUACGAUUAAUGUCUUAUGUCAACUUUUAA